UGGGGACGGAUUUAAUCACGUGAUGUUAAUUUAUGUGCAUACUAAAGUUUGGCGCCAAAUUUUGUACUUUGUCGGUUUUCUGCGCAGCAGCCAUUUUGUUUGCAUGAAAAGACACUUGACGAAUGUCUACGUAUGGCGUUAUCGGACAAAAUUGGAGUUCUUUUCAACUAAAAUUCGCUUUAUACUAUGGAGUUGAGUAUCAAAAGCCCUCGACCUAUACCUAAUAUCGUCAGCGAGGCAACAUUUAGUCACCGAAAACCGAGGAAAGUCAGCGAAAGGAAGGUGGUCGAGGAAGAUUGUUUACCUCCUCGAGCUCCUGUGAAAUCUGCGCCACCUAUAAGCAGAGUCUUUAAACAUACAAGAAGGAAUUCGGUUGGAGCUUUGCAAGUCAGUUUUCGAGCUAAUGGGAGCAAAAUUAAAAGUCCUCACUACAAUGAGAAAUCAAGAGAUCUUUACUUUGAACAGUGUUUUGAGGUAAUCAGCAGACUUGGAGCAGGCUCAUUUGGAGAGGUUUUUAAAGUGAGGAGCAAGGAGGAUGGAUUUCUAUAUGCUGUUAAAAAGUCCAGGGAUAAGUUCCGUGGUGAUGCUGACAGGAAAUAUAAACUUGAAGAGGUCAACAAGCACGAGCGACUGAAGUGUCAUUGUAACUGUGUUAGAUUUAUCAAGGCAUGGGAAGAAAGACAACAUCUUUACAUCCAGACAGAGUUAUGUGAGAUGAGCCUCAAAGAUUACUUGGAGAAAAAUGACUCAGCAAGUGAAUCUGUGGUGUGGGAAUUUCUUGUUGACUUGUCUUUGGGUUUGAAACAUCUUCAUGAUAAUGAUAUGGUUCACAUGGAUAUCAAACCAGCAAACAUUUUUAUUGGUCUUGAUGGGUUGUGUAAAAUAGGAGAUUUUGGUUUGGUAUUAGAAUUGUCAAAAUGUGAUACUACGCAAGCUCUAGAAGGAGAUCCUAAAUAUCUUGCAGCAGAGUUAAUGCAAGGUCGAUUUACUAAGAGUGCUGAUAUAUUCAGCUUAGGGAUAACUCUGUUAGAGUUGGCUAGUGAUCUCGAUUUACCUAGAGGUGGAUACACUUGGCAUCAACUCAGGAAUGGACAGCUUCCUGAUGUGUUCACACAAGGCAUAUCCCCAGAACUUAGAAGGCUAAUUUCAUGGAUGAUGGACCCAUUACCACAGCAAAGACCAAGUGUUGAUGAGAUAUUGGCAGAACCAGCAGUUCGACAGGCAUGGAAGAGAAGGCAAAGAGUGUAUUUAUAUGGCUGGAUGAAACAAUCAAUAUUCAGAAUGUAUUCAGCACUAUGUACUAUUUUGUUAUGGCUUUGGAUGAUUAUACUGUGGCCUUUCCGUCCAUUAGGAGAAUCAUGGAUGUGGAGCAAAACCUUAACAAAACCAGAAACAUCGUUCCACGAGGACUUGAGCUUUUCUUCUGAUGAAUCCUGUAAUAAUUCCAUGUAUGAGAGCAGUGCCACUCCCAACUGCAGCAUAUCAUUUGAAGAAAUGCUGACGCAUUCCAUUCCAAGACCUCCAUGGCACGGUGAUGGUUACUGCAGUUCACCUGUUCAUCUAACACCUUGUAGCCGGACAGAUCAAUCGAACAUAUCUCCUCAAAUCUAUCCAGAGAAAGAGAGAAUUACACCACCUUUUCAUACAAGCAGUCCAGAACAUGAGAGGUAUACACCUCCAUCGGAAAGAAGGCGAGGGCCGCUUUUUGAUGAGGACGGAUUUGUUCCUAAAAAUGUUGUUGGUCCUAGAAAUCUACUUGAGGUGUUUGAAGACGCCGCACAUACUUCUGAUUGGUGAUAAGUGUUCUUGUUAGUUGUUCUGUUGUCAUGGUACGCACACGAUAAUGAACACUGCUUAACAAGAAGACGUGACGACAAUGAAAGAGAUCUGCUAGCGGCGGGACGUGAAACUGACAGAGACCUUUAGCAUACCGUGCUUAUUCCAGGGAUGUAGAGUCAUUGCGCUUUUCGUCAAACCAGUGUUUUUCUCAAAGUGCACCUUGAAAAAACUUGUCUAUGGUGUACAUGUAAGCUGCUUCAACACUGCUAGAUCAAACACUUGCUAGAUCAGACUUCGGUGAGAAUGGAAUACCUCACGUCCUCUUGUAUUUGAUCUUUGGUGAAAUAUUUUCAAACUCCACUUGUAAAUAGUCAUAAAACGUUGAUCAGAUGGGACAAUGGUCGUAGCCCUAGAACUCCUUGCUUGUUGAAAAUUAAAUAGCUUUGUCUUUAAUGGUAUACCGUUCCUAAUCAGCUUCUGCCCUCUUAAGAAAAAGAUACCGCUGACCGAGGUAAAGAUAUCUCGGUUUCAGCGUCUCACGGGGUGCUGUUGAAAAAACGUUCAACUUGUAAUGUUAGGAGAAGAUGAUAUUCACCUACUUUAUAAUUUAAAUAAAAAAGUUUAGUUCCGGGCUUAUAGUGCCACAGUGAUCGGUGGCCAGUCAACAUAACCGGAAAAACAAACGACAGUUUGUGAAUACUUACAAAUCACUAGAGGAGAUUCUGAUUCUUAAUAACUAGCCUAAACUCGGAAAGUUUGAGGAUGAUACCGAAUGGAAAAUGAGACCAGUUCAUAUGACGAUAAUGAACGAAAAUUCUAGUUGCACAAGUUUGAUGAAGAGUGCUUUUAUGUAAUACCAGAAACCUUUUACGAGUAUCUGGCAGUAAAUGCAGUGAUUGAUGCCUAUAAAAAAUGCCCACAGCUGAAGAACGUGUAAUAAUGUCAACUUCUUGGUCACCUAUUUGUGUUUCGAUGUCUUCCCCUAAUGACGAAGUUUUUACCUGUUUUUGUAGCCUUUUUAAGGCUUCAUGCGUCCCAUGGCGCCAUAAGGACCCGUGAUGAAGGUGAUUUGUAACAUUUUUGCGAAGUUCAGUAAACCUCACCAAACUGAAAGGUAUUAGAGUAGACUUUGCUUUAGGGUAAUUAAUAUAUGUCGUGUAGGUGUGCCGUUUGAAACGCAACCAGUGAAACUACAAAUACAGUUCUUUGUAAGUUAUUUCCAUUGAUCUUCAUUUUAAUGAUUAUGAUUAUGCCGCACUGUAAAGUAUUGUUGGCAAUUUUACCUGCUAUUGGGCACAAGAAAAACUCGCAUGUAUUCGCAUUGUUACGUUCAAGAAACAUCGGGCUUGAACUAAGUGUAAAGUAGCAGCUAAAAAUUAUUAAAGUAAAAACGUUCUUUAGAUACA